AUGUGGAGGGCAGUCAGCACUCUGUCCUCCAACCCUGACAUUAAAGUCUUUCCUGACCCUCUCUCCCCAUCAUCAUCCUACCUCCUGACCUACCUCACCACCAACCCUCCCAACCCAAAGCUAGCUAUAGGAACCACCACAGAAAUCCCGCCCACCCCUCGCUCCUUCACCGAAAACCACCGCUUCCUGACCAUCCUAGAUGAGGUCCUGGCUGCCAACGCCCACCUCGACGAGGAUCUCAAGGCUUCGGCGCAGGCGUUUGCGAGCCCCGGGGGUUUUGGGCUUGGUGGACGGGGCGGGAAGAGGGAUGCGUACUCGGGGGGUGCGGGAGGCGCGAGUGAUCAGGGCGGGGCUGGGGGUGGUGGUGCUGGGGGGUGGGUGCACUUGAGUGAUAGGAGAAAUCCGCCUGAUUUUGGGAGAAUAGCUUGGCCAGAAGACAUCUUUGGCAGUAUCCAGGUCGACAGCCACGGUCAGAUCGAGGGCAACUUCCAAGCCAGUGGAACCUACCGAAUCAUCACCAACGAUGGCAUACUUGGUCUGAGUCCGUUUCUUACCAGCAAACUCGUGGAGAGAUUACGGGAGGAGGACAAAAAGGAGCGCACUUCAUGA